UCUACCCUUCAUUCAAAUCCUCUCGCAACCUAUACACACCUCUUCUCAUUUUCUCAUACAAUUCCCAUACAACUUCAAUUUCCUAGUACUUCUUUUCCCCCACCAAAUUCCUUGCAUGGCAAAAAUGUACAAAUUAGAAAAAACAUCUACAAAACACGACAGGUUCCUUAACCCUUCAUUCUCUUCCACACUCUUGGACCAAAUUUACCGUUCCAUCGACGACGGAGAAAAAAAAUCACCCACCGAAACAACAACAUUCUACGCACAACAAAAACCAACGGUUAUUAACAAACUAAAAACCGACACAAAACACAUCAACAACAAACCAAAAACCGAUAAAGUUGUUCCUGUCGUGAAAAAACCCGACAACAGAAAAUUCCAUCACCGUGAUCACGAACAAGAUGCUCUGUUCUUUAGUUCCACUUCCAUUUCUUCCGAUUCCAGCUCCGCCGGAUUCUCCUCCGACACAGACUCCCUAUCACGUGCCUUCAUUCCACCGAGGCCAAAACCGGUAAGAACAAGUCAGUCGUUCAGAUUUGAAAGCGAGAGACAGAGGAAUCACGUUUUCGACGGUUUUCGUGAAACCAAACAAGGCACAGAAAAUCGCGGCGAGGAAGCGAUUUUGAUAAAAAGCAAAUCGAGAGCGGUUAAGAUUUACAACAAUCUCAAGAAAGUGAAGCAACCGAUUUCACCAGGUGGAAGACUCACGAGUUUUCUUAACUCGCUGUUUCAUAAUAACAAUAACGAAAAGAAAACGAAAGGUUCUUCUCGUUGUAAAGACGAGAGAAAAGUAGCUUCCACCACGUGUUCUUCUGCUUCUUCGUUUUCACGGUCUUGUUUGAGUAAGACGGCGUCGUUUUGUCAUAGAGAUAACUACAAAACGGUGCGUUUUUGUGGCGUGGAAGAGGGUAGGGUGAAAGUAGAGGAAGCUACUAGAAAGUUUUUGAAUGAGUAUCGUUGUAAUAGCCAUAAGAAGAAGAAUGAUUUGGUUUUGUUAAAGGAUUUGUGUGUUAAUCAGAAUGAUGAUGAAGAAGAUGAUGAUGACGUGGCGAGUUGUGCGAGUUCUGAUUUAUUUGAGUUGGAUCAUUUGGGUGUGUUGGGAGAUGAAAGGUUUUGUGAGGAGCUUCCUGUGUAUGGGACUACUCGUGUUAAAUGUUAAUUAAUUAGUACUAAUACCAUUAUUAGUACUAAUAAGCUAUUGUUAAUGGUCUCAUUAUAGUCUAGAAGCAUAUCAUAGAUAUAGGAAUAACAGAACCAUUUUGGUAUUUGUUUGGUUGUUUUCAUAACUAUAAUUGUAUGAUUAAAUAAGAAUAACAGAACCAUUUUGAUA